AUGGAUGCCACCAUGGCUUUAGCUGCGGUGAGCUGGGUAUGGAAAUAUGUCUUCUCUUGCUACAUCGCCUUUAGCGUCUUUGCGGUUCCUUGGUAUUUUGUCAGUCGGCCAUCAAGGGGGGCUGAACGCGACCAGGAGAUGGUGGUGCAAUCAUUGAUCAUGGACAAACAUCAGCUGAAGACCAGCUUGGAGAAGCUGUUUCAAAAGAUGGAUGACGAGAAGUCGGGGAAGUUGUCCUUGGCGAACUUCGAGAAGCAUUUCCAAGAUGAGGAGGUCCGUGUGCUCUUUGAGGCCCUGGACAUUGGCGUCACAGACGCCUGGACAUUGUUCUUGAGCUUAGACCACAAUGAGGACUAUCAGAUCGAGGCAGAGGAGUUUCUCGAAGGUUGUCUGCAACUCCGUGGAGCGGCCAAGGCCAUCGACUUGUUCAUGCUGCGGAGGCAAGUCGCCAAGCUCAUGCUCGUCCUGUCCGAGCCGGAGGAGACGCUCCGAGAGAAGACCGCCUGUUUGGAGGCAGACGGCCUUCAGAUGCUCAUGACUGGGCAGCUGGUGGACUUGCGCCCGUUGAACGGGGGCUUCGUGAUUUUCAACCAGGGUCACUUGGGGAGCUGCACCGCCAAUGCGCUGGCUGCGGCCUACCACUUCACCUUGCACAAGCAGAACGUGGAGAAUGAUGCGCAGUUUAAGGACUUCACCCCAAGCCGUCUGUUCAUCUACUACAAUGAGAGGUACGUGGAGGGGAGCGUGGACAAGGAUGCCGGUGCCAUGAUCAGGGAUGGCAUCAAGGUGAUGGAGAAGAUGGGCGUUUGCCCCGAGACGGUUUGGAAGUAUGACGAUGGUCCCGACUUCUUCAAGAAGCAGCCGGAGAAGAGUUGCUACGAGAUGGCCCAGAAGUGCAUCGUGAAAGGCUAUGCUCGCGUGGCCCAGGACUUGGAGCAGAUGAAGCUCUGCAUCAAGCACGGCUACCCCUUUGUCUUCGGCUUUACGGUGCUCACCAGUUUCUCCCAGGCGGCCAAGGAUGGGACCAUGGUGAUGCCACAGAAAGACGACCAGGUGCGCGGCGGGCACGCUGUGACCGCUGUGGGCUAUGACGACAUGAAGAAGGUUUUCAUUGUCAGGAACUCCUGGGGAGAAGGUUGGGGUGACAAGGGCUACUUCUACAUGCCCUAUGAGUACAUUUGCCAUCCUCAAUUGGCACAGGAGUGUCGUACUGGCGACCUUGAGCCGCUGUGGUCCUGCGACUUCUCUGCUUCGAGGGUGCCAAAGGCUGGCCAUCCACAUGAAGAGGCUCAAAAAGUUCUGGAACAAAGUUUGAAGGCCAUGUGCGAGGACUCGGGUACUAGCCGUCUCUGGCAGACGUUUCUGGACUGCGACUUCCGAGAGAACUACUUUCGCUGGACCUCGCCCGAGUCCGAUUGGCUCGAGGAGGGCUUUGUGACCUAUGUGGCCGGACCGCAGGACUCGAUCUACGCCCUGCAGGCCGUGAACUUGAUCCGUUCCAUCGACCUCUUUUCCACUCGUCCGGUGGUGGUGGUGGUGUUCGAUGACAAGUUUGUACCGCCUGCGCAGUGGCAUAGCUUUCCAAAUGUGAUCGUCUACAAGAUGUUGCCCAUGAAAGGACGCUCCGUGUCUUUCAACUUCAACAAGCUCCGGGCAAUGAUCGCCGCUCGGGUGCUGGUGGGCAUCCAGCUGGACACGGAUCAGAUCAUCGUGCCUGGCCUCGAAAGGAUGUUUGCGGCAACCAAGCGGGAGAUUCACGAGUUCUACCCAUGGAUCAUGCUGCCAGUACAUUGGAUGUCAAGAGACGCGAAACGCGGGGAACUCUAUUCUGAGAUGAACUUCGAAGGCUGGAAGGGGCCUCGAACCAUGAGGUGGGGCCACGCGCAUCCAACCUGGACCUACUGGGCCUUGCCCUUCUUGUUGGAUUUGCUCUAUGAGCGGUUUCGGGCUUCCAGCAAGCCGGGGAAGAUUGAGGUCUGGGACCUGCCAGCAGCCUCCCGUUUGGGGCUCCGGUCGGUGCUCCUGAAGGGGCUGAAGCGGCCACGGGAGGCCCGAUACGGCUCGUUCAUGAACGAGGACGAGGACAUGAUGAACGUGGGCUUAUGGCGAGAUUCGGCCAAAAAGGAGUGGUGCAAGUUUGACUUGGAAUGGGCCUUGUACAAGGAGCGCUUUGAGGUGGCUGACAAGAGCAUGUCGGACUCCAAGUGGUACCCAGAUGGCGUGCCGCUGGCCUACCUCUCCAUGCACAACACCAAGCAGUUCGAAGUCACAGACUGGCUCCUCUCCUGGCUGGCGCGAUGCGUGAAAUUCAAACCCACGUGCAAGGACAAAGGUCGGGCACCUGCGCAGAAUUGUCAGGAGGAUUCCUCGGCCGAGCGACAGCUCCGAAGAAAACCUGGGGAAUAUCUGCACCAUAUGUGUUGUUGCGUGGAACCCAGAAUGGAGAAAUGGAUCUUCUGGGGCAAGACUUGGUUCAGCCGCAGCGCAGAUGUACCAGGCAUGAUGCCGGGCAUGCAGAAGAACCGCACCUGCACACUGCCAUGA